AUGAUUGCCAUGGGAAGCUCAGAAUCAUAUACCAUAGGGUGGAUUGCCGCACUUCGUUUCGAGCGGGCUGCUGCCACGGCCCAACUCGAUGACCGCCACCAACCGCCGGCAGACUUUCAACAGCAUCCCUCCGAUAAUAAUUCUUACACCUGGGGCCGUAUGGGUAAGCACAAUAUCGUCAUAGCCUCACUCCCCGCCGGCGUGUAUGGCACGACGGCUGCGACGACGACGGCCCUUAACCUGCUCAUGUCCCUACCCGCGAUCAAAAUUGGGCUUCUCGUUGGAAUUGGGGGCGGAAUCGCUCGACACGAUGACCAAGAUGUUCGGCUAGGUGAUGUAGUUGUGAGCCAACCCGAGGGAACCAGCGGUGGUGUUGUUCAGUAUGAUCUUGGCAAGGCCAGGCCGAAUGGGAAGUUCGAGUUGAAAGGUGUGCUGAAUAAACCCCCCCAGGUCCUACUCAACGCACUGGCCGCUCUACAGUCAGAACAUGAGAUGACCACACCAAAAGUUCCUGACCUUCUCGAGGCGAUGUGGGUUAGAAUGCCGCAGAUGAAGAAACCAAGGGGGAAAGAACCUAGCUACGUUCAUCAAGGGGUUGAGAACGAUCGGCUAUUUUCGCCUGCAUACGAUCAUAGAGGUGGGCAUAACUGCGAUAACUGUGAUUCAUCUGAGCAAAUUCAGCGUGAUACACGAAUCACGACUGACCCCAAAAUUCACUACGGCAUCAUCGCCUCGGGAAACACACUUACAAAGGAUACUAGCACUCGCGAUAAGAUCGCAGAGUCCGCUGGGAGAGACUGUAUCUGUGUUGAAAUGGAGGCUGCCGGCCUGAUGGACCCUUUUCCUUGCUUGGUCAUUCGGGGAAUCUGUGACUACGCCGAUUCACACAAGAAUGAUCGGUGGCAACGACACGCGUCCGCUACUGCGGCGGCUUAUGCGAAAGAGCUUCUAGAAUACGUGCCCAUUAAAUUGCUUGAAAACACUACGCGAGCUGUGGACACACUGAGUUCAAGUUAG